AUGGCGGCAGCAUCCACCGGCCUGGCCAUCACCAACCCCCUCGUGAAAUACCGAGCCCUGGUCGCCACCAAAGCCAUCACGCCCGACCCCUCCCAACACCGCCUGGCCAUCCAUCUGGCAAAGCUCUACGAACGCCUAAAAGACUACGAGCCGGAAUUGGAGUAUUCCCACCGUCUGGACCAGAUCAGCAGAGCGGUAAACGCCGGCUCUCGCCAACGACGCAUCUUCACCGCCCAAGAUGCCUCCCCGCCGCCGCCGCCGCCGAGACCGAGCGCCUGGCGACGAUGGUUUGCCGAGAAGGAGAGGAGGGACACACUCGCUCUCACCCGGAAGCUGACCUCCCACGAGUCGGCCCUGCAGAUGGAUUCCCCCCGAGGCCUGAUGCUGCACGGAGACGUCGGCACCGGGAAGAGUAUGCUCAUCGAUCUCUUCGCCGACACGCUCCCCAAUCGCAAGAAGCGGAGGAGCCAUUUCAACACCUUUAUGCUCGAGACGUUUGCCAAACUGGAAGCGCUGCGCGCCGAGCGGUCGUCGAUCUCGCGGUUCGCCGACGAUGACUAUUCGUUAUUGUGGCUGGCCAAGGAUAUGAUCCAGACGAGUCCGAUCCUGUUCCUGGAUGAGUUUCAGAUGCCGGAUCGAGUGGCCAGUAAGAUUCUGACGAAUCUGAUGACGGGCUUCUUUCAGUUGGGAGGUGUGUUGAUUGCCACUUCGAAUCGCAUGCCCGAGGAAUUGGCCAAGGCGGCGGGGAUUGGGUUUGCCCCGGCGCCACGGAGGAAUUUUGGCUGGCAGUUGGGUUUCCGGAGGAGGGAUGAUGGGGCUGGACAGUAUAAUGAGUUUGUCGCGUUUCUGGAGGUGUUGAGAGCGAGAUGCGAGGUGUGGGAGAUGGAGGGCGGGAAGGAUUGGAGGAGGAUUGAGAGUGGGAGUGUGGCGCCUCAUCGAGAGAUCGAUGAGGUGGUUCUGGCCGACAGUGCUGGAAACAUCGCAUUCGAGGAACCAGCUACUGUGGCAGAGACGUCAGAAGAGCAUAGGGCAAUGCCAAAGAGGUACAUCGUACCCACCCAGUUGGACGGCAGAGGAGACCCGUUGGACUCUGCGCUCAUCGCGGCAACGGAUGGACAAGGCGUGGACCGAGUCACUUGGUCUGCCGAGACGCUCUCGGUAUACGGGCGAAAGAUCGCCGUGCCGAGGACAUUCCAAGGCGUCACAAUGUGGACGUUUGACGAGCUCUGCAAAGCAACAUUCGGCCCGGCAGACUACAUCACCCUUGCAUCGACCUAUCACACCCUGAUCUUGACGGACGUGCCCGUACUGACCUGGCUCAUGAAGAACGAAGCCCGUCGUUUCAUCACUUUACUGGACGCCUUGUACGAAUGCAGGUGCAAGCUCUUCGUGAGCGCGGCUGCGGGACCGGACGACAUCUUCUUCCCCGAGGAGCAGAUGAAAGCACGCGAACAGGGCGAAGGCGACAGCGGCGACUCCGUGUAUUCCGAGACGUUGUCAGAGGUCUAUCAGGACGCCACAGCACCGUUCCGGCCCAACGUGCUCACGGAAAACCCCAACUACGCCGAGCCGGAGACGGAACCAGACUACACGCACGCUCGGCUUGCCGGCCUGCUUCGUGCGGAUUCGCUGGAAGACGGUGCACCCACCGGAAGAUCGCGAGGAGAAAAGGGCGGCUCCGCGGGUAAUCCGUUUGGCCGCUCGUUUGGCAAGACAGAUGCCGAGAUGGAGCGGAAACCCAUCGAUCCGGAUGAGGUUCGCUAUACGGCUCGCCCGGACUUCCAGAAGACUUCCGCUUUCACGGGCGAAGACGAACGCUUCGCGUAUAAGCGUGCCCAGAGCCGGCUGUGGGAGAUGUGCAGCCAACGCUGGUGGGACCGAAGCGAGCCCGACUGGCAUCGUCCGACUCCCAGAGAAGUUCGCAGGUGGGAGAGUAUUGGUGGGGAGGUUGUGAAUGCACCGCAUUACUCCGAAGCGGCUGGGAGGCUGCUGGGGGGAAGGACGGAAAUCCAGCUCCAGGGCGAGACGGAAGAUAAGACGAGGGAUGAGAGGAGCUUCCGAUGGCCUGAACGAAGUAAAGAGGUCCAAUCGCCGUUUCAGCGGGCGCGAGAGCCGCCGAAGAAGAUCUCCUGGACGCACUUUUGGGGCACGAUUAAGUGGCCGGGUCGAGCUGGCGCUUGGGGUCAGGGGCCUGAUGGGUUGAAGGAUCGAGGGAGGGAGAGGCGAUCUUCGUGA